AUGUUUAGACUGAUAGGGGCUGGAAACCCUGCAAUAAAGAAAACUGCGUGGGCUCGCCUCACCGAGGAAUACAACUCAAUAGAAACCAACUGUCGGAGGACAGAAGCCCAACUGAAAAAGUGCUGGGAUAAUUUAAAAACCCGCAAAAAACAUGAGUUGGCUCUCCAAAAACGUGAGCGCAUCAGGACAGGGGGUGGGCCUUAUAUGCCAGCCUCAACCUCUACAUCGCAUGAGGUGAUCGAGGAAGCUCUGGCAGAUUGUACCGAUGUGGAGCUACAUGGUGUAAUAGAUAGUGACUUCAAUAGUCAAAAUGUUGAUGAAGCAAUGCCUGAUGAAGCUAUGGAGGAGAUAGAGACAGAAUUUCUUAUACCCCCACCGCACGAUUCCCAGCGUGAAAGAAGGGAGAGUGCAAGCAGCCUGCAACCUGAAAUGGUUCGAGAGGAAACCACCCCAGGUCCGAGCCGUAUAGCAGCCAGCAUAGAGAAAAGAACACUACUACUCUGUGAGCGGUGGUCGCCAUUAUUUUUCGUACGCGUUCCAUACUUAUUUUUUUCCAGACUGUCUUUCGCCAGACUGGCAGCCAGGCCCGGUUCACGAAUAUUAGAUUAUGGAAAUCUAAAUCAAGGAAGAAAUGUAAGAGCUCGAGUGAUUACGGAGGAGUUUGGCCUGAGGCGAGAAAAUUACCAAAGAGCUCAAGAGAGAGAAGAGGAACUCCACAGACUAAAAAUGGAGGAGAGAGAGUGGCUAGCCAAAACCGCACAGGAACUAUAUAAAAAGGCUGUUUUAGAAAGAGAAAAUGCAGAGGAAGUUCUUCGCUGUAGCCGUGCAAAGCGUGAAGAAGCAGAAAUAAUGUUAGGUAUAAGGAAAAAUAAAUUUAGUCAAUGAGUGAA